GCGCAUGCCCGCGGUAGCCACCGCCCCCCGCCCCGGCGCCGGGCGCUCACGCCUCCCUGCGAGCCGGGCUGCGCGCGGCGCGGCGGAGCAGCGGUAACACCAUGGAGGUAGUUCCCCAGCCCCGGCCGCGGCCCGGGCCCGGUGGGGCCGCCGCCCUGCCGCAGCCGCCGGAGCAGGAGCGGAAGCUGGAGCAGGAGAAGCUCUCGGGGGUGGUGAAGAGCGUCCACCGGCGGCUGCGCAAGAAGUACCGGGAAGUGGGAGACUUUGAUAAGAUCUGGCGUGAGCACUGUGAGGAUGAGGAAACUCUGUGUGAAUAUGCUGUGGCAAUGAAAAACCUUGCAGAUAAUCACUGGGCAAAAACUUGUGAAGGGGAAGGCCGAAUUGAAUGGUGCUGCAGUGUAUGCCGUGAAUAUUUUCAGAAUGGCGGGAAAAGAAAAGCACUUGAAAAAGACGAAAAAAGAGCACUUCUUGCUUCUAAAACCACUCCAGCCUUAAAUGUUUCCCAGGCUCCCAAGAUUGAAGAACCCUUACCAACGUUUGGCCUGACAAAUCAUGAAGCUGUAACAGAGGAAUUGCUCCACUCCUUGGGAAAGAUUAGAUUACUUGAUGUUGGUAGCUGCUUUAAUCCAUUUCUGAAGUUUGAAGAAUUUCUGACAGUUGGCAUAGAUAUUGUUCCAGCUGUUGAGAGCGUAUACAAAUGUGACUUCUUAAAUCUUCAAAUUCAGCAACCUCUCCAACUGGCACAAGAUGCUAUAGAUGCCUUUCUUAAGCAGCUGAAAAAUCCCAUUGAUUCUCUACCUGGAGAACUGUUCCAUGUCGUCGUUUUUUCACUCCUCCUUUCUUACUUCCCAUCACCCUAUCAACGAUGGAUAUGCUGCAAGAAGGCACAUGAACUUCUCGUAUUAAAUGGCUUAUUGCUUGUAAUCACUCCUGACUCAUCCCAUCAGAAUCGCCGUGCAAUGAUGAUGAAAAGCUGGAAAAUUGCCAUAGAAUCCUUGGGUUUUAAACGCUUCAAGUAUUCCAAGUUUUCCCACAUGCAUCUGAUGGCAUUUAGGAAAACUUCCCUGCAAACAACAAGUGACUUAGUCAGCAGGAACUACCCAGGAAUGUUGUAUAUUCCACAGGAUUUCAACAGUAUAGAAGAUGAGGAGUAUUCCAACACUUCCUGCUAUGUUCGAUCAGAUACAGAAGAUGAACAGCUAGCUUACGGUUUUAUGGAGCUACCUGACGCUCCAUACGACUCAGACUCUGGAGAAAGCCAGUCUAGUUCAAUUCCUUUUUAUGAGCUAGAAGAUCCUAUAUUGCUUCUAAGUUAAUGCAGUAGUUGAAAUGCCCUUUAAGUCAAACCUCUUGCUUAACUAAUUUUGCUAUACUAACACGGGCUCAACACACAAAAAUGGUUUGCAUAAAGAUGCAAAGGUUUACAGAGUUUGUUAUUUUUUUCUACUUUUGAAUUUUAAAAUUUAUUCUUGUAUGAAAGUGAAAAAUACAAAUUUUAUGCAAAUGACUCAUGUCAUAGCAUAAAUUGCUGUUACUUUCUUUACAAUUUAUAUCACUAAAUUUUUUUCCAGAAAGGUACCAUUCUUUUCCUUAGUGCUGUGAAGUGUGAAUUCUAUUUGAUUUGCUAAAUAUUGUUUCAGUAUUUUAACUGUUAAUGUUGUUGAGCUUAAGGCACUGGAGUUGGUGGGCUUCUGAGAAGUUUAUGUAGGAAGGAAUAAUUUGCACUUUAAUUAAAUGUGCGGAUAGUUCUAAGACAUUUGGUUACACAUGUCCCUUCUUAAUUAUGGAACAAAACUUUUUUCCAAAAUGUGUUUCACUCUGGUUAAGUCUGGGCUGGAGAAGCUAUAAUGUUUGCACAUUUGAUUUUACUUUCACUGCAGCCCUCUUGAGAUAACACCAAUUGAUACAGCACCAAAACAUUGGAAUAUAUUCAUACAUGGUUAUCCCCACUGUGUAACUUCAUCUACAUAAAUUGCAGGUAGACAGGAGAAUUCUGAAGCGGUUAUCUCCCACAGAGGAGUGUGGUACGUCUAGACAAUUAUGUUUCACUUCAAAGCUUGGAAGGUGGUUUUGCGAUUUUACGAGAGCACUAGCACUAACAUACAUCAGUAUUUCCCCAGUGAUGGUGUUCUGUAUUCUUUUCAGACUGUGGGGUUUGAGGGAGACAGGGUGGUUUUUGUCAAGUUUUAAAGUAAACUAUUUAUGCAUUUUUAAAAAACACAACUGUUUUCUUUAAUUGUCCUUUAUUGUAGACCUCCCAAAUUAUGACUACAGACCAAUUUUGUAAAAGCAAUCUAAUUAUAUAAGUUCUUCAAGAAUACACGUAUGUGCUCAAACAAGUGUAUUCAGACCACUUAUAUGAGUGAAAUGAACAUACAUGAUUUUUGCUUAUUUGGACCCAAAUUUUCUGUUUGGUUAAAUAAAAAUUAGCUGUCUGAAAACUGGUCUGCAAUAUAAGAAGCUGGAGCAGAAGUGUUUUACAUUUAUGAUUUUUUUUAACUUGUGUGAUAAAUUUAUGAGGGGGGAUGUGGGGAGGAGAGGGAGAUUCUGUUCAGAGGUAGAAACAGAGGAUUCAGUAUCAAUUUAGCUUAGAUUGCCCUCCAUUUAGAAAGAAUGGCCAGAAUUUUCAGGUUUGAAUGUUAGGGUUUUAAAUCUGUAUGUAAAUGCCUAAUCACACAUCGUUCAAACUAGGUGCCACAUCAUGGAUUUCAGACUGACUUCAGGAACAUGGUAGAAAAUACUAAUGAAUAGUUUCACAGAUGGCUGUGAUGAAAUAUACCUUUUACCAUAUUAACCUACCACCUUGUAUUUUUAAUCCAGAAGUUACCACAUAAACUGCAGUUUUACUGUGGCUUUUACAGUGGUUAUUAUAAAAAUGAAACUAACCCCUUCCUUUGAAGUUUUGCACUGAAGUGUCACAGUUUGACCUGCCCGUUUUCUGAUAUACCUUAUUUGCUACAAAAAGUCAUCCUGUAUUGGUCCUGUUUACACUAAAACAUGAACUGUACUGCAAUGCUUUAUUCUUUACAUAAGCUUUUUGUGUGUCUUACACAUAAAGUAUCCCCUAAAAUCUAAUUAAAAUUUGUUAUUGAAUGUGAAUGGUAUAAUUGUAUACAAAAUAAUUAUAUUUUGAUGUGUAAAAAUUAAGAUUAGACUCAAAAACAAAGAUCAUAGUUGAUAAUAUUAAUUUUCUGCAGAAAAUAUUCAUCUAAUGAAUUACAGUAUGGAUUUAAAAUGAACUAUAACUCAGAGUUUGCAUCUAAUGCUUAAAGUUCACUUUCACUAAAGUGUUUGUCAGUCAAAACCUUUAUUCUUCCCAGUGAACUACUGACUCCAGCAGUGCUCAUGUUAAAGCUAAAAUUUUGGUGCUAUUAAUUCAGUUGUUUACAGGAAUUUAAAUUUGUGCAUACUUCAAAGUGUGCCUAACAGUUGAUACUCCUUUUGAAGUUAUUUACCAACUAGCAUAAAUGUUGGCAUUGGUCAAUGUAAUUUGGUUUGUGAUUCAUACAGAUAAGCAAUGCAGUCCAAGAUUUAUCAUAAAUAGAUUAACAUUUAAAAUUUAGAGCUAAUUGGCAACUUGGUGACACCAUUUUAUCUGUGCUUUAGGGACCGGAGAUUUAUAAAAGCUUGGUCCUCUUGCUGCUCAUUCUAAACACACCCGAAGUGUGUUCUUUGGUGGGGGUUUUGUAUGUUUGUUUUCCCCAAUGGACAGUGGAUUGUGGUGGAGGAGGAAAGUGGAAUUUACAGAAAUACUUAAACCUCCCUCAACAAUAAAGUGAUAUCAGGAGGUUUUGAAUAUUUGGCUUUGGUGCAAGAAGAAUGGCUGUAUGGUUAUGAAGUGUUUCAAAAUCAUGACUCAACAAGAGAUGAGGAAGAUCUCUCAUCGUUAAGGUGUUGGAGGAGAAAAGAAAAAAUGUGUAUUUGCAUUUCUGUUGUCUUUAUAUCACUACUUUUUGUGAACAAAGCACAUUUAUUAAAAAGAAAAAGAAAACCUUUAUAUAAACUGUU